AUAUAUCUAUAUUUUAGGGCCCCAGAACGCUAAAAAGGUGGGGGAGAAGCAAGCCGAACCUCUGAUCGACCUGGACACAUAAAUAAUUCUCGGGGUCGAGAGAGAUUUGAGAUUCCGUAAGUAACUCAGUGAGUGCUUUCUAAGAAAAGGGCUUGGCUUGGAAGAAGAAAAUGAAAUACGAACAACCGCGCUGGUCGUAAUAGAUCGACUUUCAUGCUAGUUCUUGCUCCAGCAUGAAAGUUCCAUUUCAGGGAAGGACGACGUACCAUGAUACUUUCUGUUUCGUCGAGCCCUGCUUUGGUCUCUGGUUUGAUGGUUGUACGUGCUAAAAAUCCGGUACAUUCCGUUUCGUUUCCCAUCCCAGUCUUUCGCGACACUUCAGGUUUACUUCUUUUGUUAGGUCUCGACUUCUCCGCUAUGAUCUUCCCAGUAGUUCAUAUAGGAGCUAUUGCCGUUUCAUUCCUAUUCGUUGUUAUGAUGUUCCAUAUUCAAAUAGCGGAGAUUCACGAAGAAGUAUUGCGCUAUUUACCAGUGAGUGGUAUUAUUGGACUGAUCUUUUGGUGGGAAAUGUUCUUCAUUUUAGAUAAUGAAACCAUUCCAUUACUACCAACCCAAAGAAAUACGACCUCUCUGAGAUAUACGGUUCAUGCCGGAAAGGUACGAAGUUGGACUAAUUUGGAAACAUUGGGCAAUUUACUUUAUACCUACUAUUCCGUCUGGUUUUUGGUUCCUAGUCCUAUUUUAUUAGUAGCCAUGAUUGGGGCUAUAGUACUUACUAUGCAUAGGACUACACAGGUGAAAAGACAGGAUGUAUUCCGACGAAAUGCUAUUGAUUCUAGGAGGACUAUAAUGAGGAGGACGUCAACCCACGAUCUACUAAAGGGCAAGUAGCUUGAUUCUCCAAUCAUGGUUCGAAUCAAAUUCGUGGGAUGGCAGUGAUCCUUAGCUGGUCAUGGCCAUAAUGUGCUGUUUUCCUCGGAUUCAUUGGAUUAGGCUCAUAUACGUAAUAACAACCUCAAACAGAUAGAUUGGGACAAACACGAUCAAUAGUUAGGGGUGUAGCCUUCCAUUCACUUCUAGCUCGGGUGGGAUCAGGGAACAACCGGUGGAGCCAUCGGCGUGACAAGCCCUUCUAUAAAGCCAGUAGCUCGGGUUCAUCAGACAAUAAUAGGCUUCAUAGUCACCAGCGAGGGGUGUGACAAGCCAUUCUGUAAAGCCAGGGCAUUCAACUCCUCUUCCCCUUACUUAACCCCAACCAGCUAAAGGCGCUUCGGGGAGUAGCCGGAUCCAGAUUGCUUAUGCUACAUUUAUCACUCACCCCUUAAGGCGCCUUACCCCUGGCUGUAGAUAGAGAUACCAUCUAUAGAGAGGCUAUGGAGAGGCUGGUAAUAGCAUCCCUAUCUUUUCUGCAUCAAUUCAUUCGAUUAGCCCUUCCGCUACUAGGGGCACGAUUCAUUAAUUAGAGAGGCGAUUACUUAGAGAGAGGAGGCGCGAUGCAUCAAUUCAUUCCCUACCGUUUUGACUGAGAUGGUCGAUGCUUCUACUGAUGUGGUCGAUCCAAACUCAAUGAUAGAAGCCUUACACGAAGAGAAGGGUCAGCCAGUUUGGAUCGAUGCUUCGAAGAGAAGGGUAGGGUGAGCCAGUUAGAUCGAUCGGGAAAAGAAGGGUAAGCAAAGAGAAGGGUGAGCCAUGAAGAGAAGG